AUGGUUUUUCAGAAAAUGGACGAUAAAUAUGCUGUGUUUAUUAAAGACGUAGAUAAGGAGUAUGGGAAAAAUGUAGUUUUGCGAAAAAUGUGCAUGAGGGUGGAACGAGGAACGAUAUACGGUUUGUUAGGAGCGAGCGGUUGCGGGAAAACAACCCUUCUGAAAACAGUGGUGGGCACUUCGAGGGUGGAUGGCGGUGAAAUUUCCAUUCUAGGAGGAAGACCCGGUGACGGGGAAUCCGCCUUUCCCGGUCCCAAGGUCGGAUACAUGCCCCAAGACAUCGCUCUAUGCGGAGAAUUUACAGUCCAGGAUGCAGUCCUGUACUAUGGUCGAAUAUUCGGAAUGAGCGAUGCAUUAAUUUUAGAAAGAUACAUGAAUCUCCAUCAGUUGCUGGAACUUCCACCGCACGACAGGUAUUUGAGGAAUUGCAGCGGCGGUGAGCAAAGGCGGGUUUCUUUAGCAGCUACUUUAAUACACAAACCGGAUUUACUGAUAAUGGAUGAACCAACGGUUGGAUUGGAUCCGGUUAUUAGAGAAAGGAUUUGGAAUCAUUUGCUCGAAAUAACGAGGACCGAAAAAACAUCAGUCAUCAUCACUACCCAUUAUGUGGAGGAAUGCAGAAACGUUGAUACAGUAGGUUUCAUGAGAAACGGACGGUUAUUGGCGGAAGAUUCGCCGAAACUCCUAUUAGAGAAAUACGACGUUGAAACUUUGGAGCAAGUUUUCCUAAUUUUAGCCACUAACGAUGCCGGACACGUUUCUUAUAACUUACCUGUUACGCAGAGUAAAGAAAAACCGAUAAAGAAGAGCGCCAAUUGCUGUAGAUGGAAGAAGAAAUUUUCGGUUAACAAACGAAGAUUUCGGGCUUUAAUAGACAAAAACUGGAAGCAGUUUUACAGGAACAUUACCGGUAUAUUUUUCCUACUCUCGUUUCCCGUGAUGGAAAUCGGCGCGUUUCUAUCAUCGGUGGGAGGCGACGUUAGAAAUAUCCCAAUAGGAAUCAUCAACAGCGAGUCAACGAAUUGCUCGAAUUACACCAACACCACUGCGGUGCCUUACGAUUACUUUUACUGCCAUUUCCAGAAUCUGAGCUGUCGCUUUUUAUCCUACAUCGACGAUCCGAUGAUAGAAAAGAGGUAUUAUUCUUCACUGGAUCCGGCCAUGUUGGGAGUGAAGAAAGGCGAGAUCGCCGGUAUAAUUUACCUCUCGGACAAUUUCACGUACUAUUUCGAAAAGAGGAUAGAAAAUUUGAACGACGAGCACGGCGAAAUCAUCGAUUUCAGUCAAAUUAAAAUUUGGCUGGAUAUGUCCAAUUACCAAAUCGGCAGUUCCUUGAAAUACAAAUUAGUAGAAAAAUACAACGAGUUCCAGGACGCCGUCUUCACCGAAUGCGAAUUCAACCUGCAGGUCUACCACAGCCCCCUUCGCAUGGACAACUUCUACGUGGGCUCCAACAAACACGAGCCCUUCAUCAUCUUCAUGCUACCGGGCAUUCUGAUUACGAUACAGUUCUUCCUCAGCGCCGUGAUGACCUCCCAGAUCAUCGUGACGGAGCGCCACGACGGCGUCUGGGACAGAUCCGUCGUCGCCGGCGUCACCUCCAUGGAGAUCACUCUGAGCCACUUCGUCCUCCAAUGCGCCGUCAGUCUCAUACAAACCUUGGAGCUGAUGUUCUGCACGUUCGCCUUGUACCGGCAGGAGUACGUGGGCAGUUUGUGGUUGAUGUUCCUUUUGGUCUUCUCGCAAGGCGUCUGCGGAAUGGCCUAUGGUUUCUUCAUUUCUGUCAUCAGUACCGACCACACGAUGGCGAACGUGGUGUUAACGGGUCUCUAUCUGCCUGUGAAUUUGCUGAGCGGUUGGAUGUGGCCGGUGGAAGGGAUGAUGUAUGGUUUGAGGGUGGUGGCGCGAUGUCUGCCGCUCACCGUCGCCAUUGAAUCCUUCAGGAACAUCUUCAAGAAGGGCUGGGAUUUGAGUUACGUGCGCGUGAUGGACGGGUUUCUGAUCGGCACGGUGUGGACAGUGUUUUUCGGUGUGCUCAGCGUUUGUUUGAUAUCGAGGAAGCGGUAG